AUGGAUUAGUAAGCGAUGACUAAUGCCCUUGGGAAUUUAAGUAUGAUAUUUGUUUUUCUAUAAAAGAGCGGCAAAAUGAGAUUCGUUAACAAUAAAAGCAAUAAAGUAGUAUUCCAGAUCAAUAGACUGAAAGUAAUGUUUAUAAUGAUGAUUUUGAUGGUGAUGAUGCUAUUCUUAAUGUUAUUAAAAGUAAAGAUAAAAAGUUAACUUUUAUUUAGCUGCCCAAGAUUAGAAACCUAAACAAUAACCAUAAUCUGCUUAGCCAAAAAGACCUGAAUCUUCAAAUAAAAGAACUGCUUCAAUGCCAAAGAAGAAGCCAUAUUCAUUUAAUAAGUUGAAUGAAGGAGAGAAAGAGAAAUUAUUCUUAGAUGUUUAUGAUGAGAAUAUAAAGUUAAAAGAAAAUUAGGUAAAAUUUGAAAAAAUGUAUGGGACUAUGGAAGUUAAAUUAUAAUAAAUGUAAAAAUUUAUGGGAAAUAAAACUGUUGGUGCAGGGGAAACUAAUGAAUCUAAUAAUUAAUUAGUAUCAAAAGUAAAUAAUUUGGAAACUGAAAAUGAAAAAUUAAAAUAAAAGAUAUAAGCUAUUUCUUAAGCAUAAAGAGUUGUUGUUGCACAUUAACCUAUGAAAAAAAAGAAAUUAGUAUAAGCAGAUAGACCAGAGAUUGAAUAAACUGGAAUAAGAGGUGGUUAAUUUGUAGAUUAAUAAAAUCAAAUAAAAUAAUUGUUAGAUUUAAAUGAUAAAUUAAAGAAACGAUUACUUGAAUAAGAAGCAUAAUUUAGAUAACUUUAAGCAAUGAUGAAUUCUAAAAUUGUUAAUCAAUAAGAAUUAAGUUAAAAAAAUGCUUAAUUUGUAACACUUUAAGAAAGAUGCAAUAAAUUAGAAUCUAAUUUAAAUGGUAUGAGAACAUAAUUAGAUGAUGAACGUAAAAGACAGAGUGAAAUUAUGAUGCUCUUAAGAGAAGAAAAAGAAAAGAAUCAUUUAUUGGAAGGAUAAGUUAGAUCUAUGGAGUUGGCAUAAAAAAGUGUUGUUGAUUUAUAAGCAGAUUUGUAAGAAGCAAGAAGAUAAAAGAAGGAGAUUGAAGAAAGAUUAGCAAUUUUAAUGGAAUCACCAUUUUUUAAGGAAUAUAAUGAAAGAGCUACUAUAUAAGCUAAAAUGAAAGCUAUGGAAUAAGAAUAAAUAAGGAAUGCUACAGAUUUAAAGAAUUUAAGAGAAACUAAUGCUAAGUUAGAAACAGAAAAUAGAUUGAAAAGAGAAGAUAUUGAAAAUCUUAAAAAAGAAUUAAAAUUAUUAUAAGAGAGAAAUUAAGAAUUAAAUAUAAAGAUGGCUGAAAAAGAUUAGUAAUUACUUCCAUUUAAAGAUUUAAAUUAUUGGGAUAAUGAUUAAUUUUUAAAAGUGUUAGGUAAUCUAAAAUGGACUGGAGAAGAUCCUGCUUGGAGAAAAAUAGAAUUUAUAGAUCGUACUUAUAUGGAUUCUGAUGAUCCUGUUUAUUUAAGAAAAGAGAUUGAACAUUUAAAACUUGAAAAAGGAGAAUUGGCUGCACAUUUAGAAAAAACAUAAACAUUACUAAAGAAUUAAUAAGAUAUAUAAAUGGAAAAAGAUAAAAUGCAUUAGACAUAAAUAGAAUAAUUAAAAUUGGAAUUAAAGGUUGCAAAUGAAAAAGCUUAUGAAUAUGCAAAAAUAGCUGAUCUUAAAACUUAGGCAAGAUAAUAAUAAACAUUGUAUGAAGCUGAGGGAAUCAAAUAUGAUGAUUCUAUAUCUGUAUUCUCAGUUGACAAAGAUGAAAUGUUAUCUCCAGGAGAGAAUUUCUUUGAUUUAUGGAUUGGAAAAGGAGAGUAUUAACCUGCUGAAUUAGUAUCUUCAUAUAAGACUUCUACUCAAUUAAAUUUGGAUCUUGGAAGUCUAUUGACAUUUGUUACAAUUGAUUUCUAUGAUCAUGAAACACAACAUACAAGUGUAUCAGAAGGAACAUCAUGUUUUUAUAAUUUAUAAAUAAGUUUUAAAGUUGAUGCUGAUGCUAAUUUUAUUUAAUAUCUUGAAAGCAAUUAUUUAAAAUUAGAACUUUAUGUUAGUUAAGGUAGUGAACCUACAAAGAUUGGAUCAGGAUUAAUUUAAUUGAAAGAUUUAGUUUAUGAGAAUAAAAAUGAUACUAUCAGUAAAGUUAUUAGUGGAUCUCUUACUUUUCAUGGAAUCAAUAAUUAAAUGAUAGGAAUAGUUGAAUUUAAAGCAAGAAUGAGAUUUCCAAUUUCAAAUUUUAUACGUUUAUUAAAAGAAAGAAAUUAAUUAUAGAUGUAAGAAUUUGAUGAUGCUGAAGAGAUAGUUGCAGUAAGAAAAAGAAAACUUGUAAUAUGUAUUGAAAAGGGUACAUCUCUACCUUCUAAAUCUAAUUGUUUCAUUUAUUAUAAUUUUGAUACUAAAGAUUUUCAUACAAAUACUUAAAUGGGAUCUAAUCCAAAAUGGGAUUAUAGAAUGGUUCAUGAUAUUGUAUAUAAUGAAAUGGUAGUCAAUUAAUUUAAUAGAAUGCCUUUAGAAUUAUAUAUAAUUGAUGAUAAUCAACCUUUAGUAGAAGGAUCAAAUGAUAAAGUGGGAUUCUGUUUAAUUGAUUUAUCUCCUUUAGUUAAAAAUCAAAUGAUUGAUUUAGCAGCAGAAGUCAAAAAUGAUGAUGGAGAUAAAGUAGCAUCAGUUUAUGUUAAAAUCUUUUGGUAUGACGUAAAGGAUGAAGAUACAUUAAAUUAAUAGAGAUCUAUGAUUGCAGAAUCUUGGGAAGAAAAUAUUACUCAUAAAAUAAGUUCAGAAAUGAGAUCUAGAGGAUUAUUGGGCAUUACUGCUUUUAGAGUAUUUGAUAAGGAUUAAGAUUAAAUUAUCACUUUUGAAGAUUUUGCUAAUGGUUUAAAGAAUGUCUUAAGUAUCAAAAUGAAUCCUUAAGAAAUGUAAGUUUAUUAUUCUAAAUUACCAUAACCAUUAAAUUAAUAGAAAUUCUAAGAGUUUUUCCGUUUGUAAUCUAAUGAGAGUGUUAUGUAUGAAGCAGGAUUUAAAUCAUAAUAUCAAACUUAAGAAUUAUCAUCAAUAAAUUAAUUAAUGUAAUAAAACACUAUGUAAUUGCAAAGAACUUAAUUAGAAUAGAUUCAUAAUUCUAUUUAUGAUUUAUUGAAAAGAAAACUUUCUUAUGGUAAAUCAGUUUAAGAAUUAUUUAUGGAAAUUGACUCUGUAAAACCUGAUGGACAAUUAACUAUAGAUGAAUUACAAAAGUAUUUCUAAUAAAAUAGUUUACUAAUACCCAUUGCUUAAUUAAGAGAUUUUCUAAAAUUUUAUAUGGAUAUUAAUAAUGAUCAAUUAAUCAAUUUUAGAGAAUUUACUAAUUUCUUUAAAUUGAUUCCCACUUCUUAACAAUAAUAGGUAUAUUCACAAUCUUCAUUUCGAUAAGGCAGUAACUAAAGAGUACAAUCUAAUUUCCCAAGCAUAUAAGAUACUUAAUUAUCUCAAUCUCCAAUUGAUAUAGCAAUUACUGCAAUUCUUAAUUAUGGUUAGGCAAGAUAAUGGACUUUAAUGUAGGUAAGAGAAUUCAUGGAUGAAAACAGAAAUAGUUUUAUUGAAGCAAAUGAAAUGAAAAAGUUUCUUAUAUAAUUUGGAGUUCAUAAAAAUUUACAAAAUGGUGAUGAUGAUAUAAGAUAAAUUAUAGCAUUCUUUGAUAUUAAUCAUGAUGGAAGAAUAUCCAUUUCUGAAUUUGCAGAUACAUUAAAUACGUAUAAUAAUAGAUUAUAGAUUAUUAAAGCAUAACCAACUUAAUAAAAUAUCUAAAAUUAUGUUGUUGGUUAUCUUAUUACUUAUAUGAGAAAGAAUAGAAAAACUGUUCCAGAAUUGUUUAAUGAUAUUGAUUAAGAUGGAAAUGGUUAUUUAUCAAAAGUUGAGUUGAAGAACAUUUUUAAAAAUAAAAUUGUAAUCUAAUUUAAUCUAUUUUCUUUAUUAGUUGGUACCUGUUGAUGAAUUUGAAUUAAAUGAGUUAUUUAUGGAAUUUGAUAAAAAUAAGGAUGGUCAUAUUAGUAUAUAAGAGUUUUUGUAAAUUGUAAAACCAGCUCUUGAUCAGGAUAAAAAUGAUCUUUAAUUUAAUUAAUAAGGAAUUGAUAAAGAAAAGGUUGCUCGAAAAGCUGAAGAAAUAUGUUUUAAAAAUGCUAGAGUUCUUCAAUUAGCCUUCUAAUCUAAAGCCUAAAAACCUGGCUAUGUAACUGAGACAUAGUUCAAAUAAAUUCUUAGAGAAUAGAAAGUUGGAUUCACUCCCAAUGAAAUAGACGAUUUAACAGUAUAUUUAUCUAAAUUUAAUUUAUAGAUAUAUGUUAUUUAACCAGAAAAUGGAAUGAUAAAUUACAAUUAAUUCUUAGAUCUAGGUAAACUUAGAGGAGCAUAACAAUCUGAUAUAUUUGGCUAAACUAGUAGAUCAGGAUUUGGUUCUUUAAGUCAAAUAGAAUAGGAGAGAGCCAUAGGUAAAGCUAAAGAAGUAUUAAAUAAUAUAUAUUAUAUUAGGUUUUCAAUAGAAUUUCAAGAGCUGUAAAAAAUAAAUAUACUCCUUAACAACUUUUUGCAACUUUUGAUAAGGAUUCAAAUGGAAAAAUUAAUAAAGCAGAAUUAGCAGAAGUAUUUUCAAAGAUGAGAAUUAAAAAUCUUGAUAAAGAUGAUGUUGAACUUAUUUUCAAAGCAUUAGACAGAGAUGAGGAUGGAUAAAUUGAUGUAAAGGAAUUCAUCAAAUAUCUAGAAUGA